AGAUUGUGUGUAAGCUCUGUGUAGACUGUAUCCUGUUAUGUCCAGUUAUAAAUUGUGAAAGAUUAUAUGCUAAUAUCCCUGCUUCGAUCCAACCAAUCAUGUGCCAGUUGCGUUAUUAAUAUUCAUGAGCUCGACGCUUCCUUGCCUCGACAUGUUUAGAUGAGAUGAGCAGAACUUCCUGAAGUUUUUGUUUUGGUUUGUAUCCGUGAAGAAAGGACGACGUUUUAACAGAUAUAUCAACGUUUCCACUGGAAAUUUAGAAGGAUAAACAUCUGUUUUUCUAGUAAAUGAAAUUUCAACAGUUCGGUUAGAAUGAGCUGCUGCCCAGUAGUGUGUAUAAAGUACCUGCUGUUUAUCUUCAACCUUCUCUUCUGGCUGGCAGGUUCAGGUGUGUUGGCUGUCGGGCUCUGGCUCAGGUUUGAUCCCAGGACUAAAAACCUGUUUGAAGGUGACGACUCUCCUAGUGGCUUCUACACGGUGGUGUGUAUCCUCAUAGCCAUAGGAGGAUUGAUGAUGCUGGUUGGGUUCCUCGGCUGCUGCGGCGCCAUUCAGGAGUCGCUGUGCAUGCUGGGAUUGUUUUUUUUCUUCCUAGUGCUUAUCUUUGUUGUGGAAGUCGCUGUUGGGAUUUGGGGAUUUUCCAUCCAGAGUAAGGUUGUUGAUGAUGUCACUCAGUUUUACAAGGAAACUUACAAGAAAUACAAAGAGGACAAACAGGAAGCUCUGAGAGAGACCCUUCAUCUGAUCCAGUAUGGGCUGAACUGCUGUGGACCCUUCAGUUCUGAAGACACAGACACUCUCGAGGAGACGUGUCCUAAACGUGAGGGACUGGAUGUGCUCAUCACCAAGAGCUGUCCUGAUGCCAUUGAGAAAUUCUUCACCUCUAAACUCCACAUUAUCGGAGGUGUUGGGAUCGGAAUCGGAGUGAUCAUGUUCCUGGGCAUGAUCUUCAGCAUGAUGCUGCUGUGUGCCAUCAGGAAGAGUCAGGAGAUCGUCUGAAGGUGUUUAUGAGGAGACGCUGACGUGUUCGUGUUGCAUGAUUUCCAUUCUGAAGCUCUCGCUGUCCCUCUGCGCACCUCGCCGUCUGAUUGGUGGGAAUCUCACACUUCACAGUUUAGCUCCAUGAUUGGUUCAUAUCAAGAAAAUAAAACUGUAGAUUAGUCGACUUUGUGGAGAUUGUUGGGAAAAUGCUGUAACUUUGUAUAUUUUUUAUUGUUCAUGUCAGAAUUACGAGGAUGACGUCGUUGUGUCACUUGGCUGAUGUUGUGUUGAUAUAAACUCACGUGUGACCUUUUUAAACAUUACGUUCAUGUGUGAGUUUAUUAUUUUUUUUAUAAAUAUUAUCAUCAUUAUUUAUGUUCUCUAGAUGAUUUUAUUGCUCUGUAUUGGAGCCGUGACGCUCCAAAGAAACGGUCUGUUCCGAAAUUAUUGACACCCUUCAGUUAAAUAGGAAUUAUUGUUUAAAAUAAACACAAUUAUCAAAAAGUUUAAAAAAAGUUAAAUCUUUCUCAUAAAAAAUCGAUCUUUUAAAUAAUUAAACAAGAGCAUUUUCACUCAAAUACACAGGAACAGUCAAAGGAAUAUGAAUGAAAGCAAAUUUCACAUGAACACAAAUUCUAAAAAGUCUUGAGUUAAAAUUAAUUGUUAUUAUUUUCAGUAAUUUGAACUCUCUGAUUGUCCAGUUCUUGUUUCCAUGAGAUAUAAAUGUGAGGUUGCACACAUAUAAACUUGCCCUUAAUCUUCAUCUAAAGAGCUUCAGCUUAAACCCUGAGGUUAUGAUUUGACCUGAAGUGGUUUUAUACAGUCACGGUGUCUGGAUAUAAACCUUGUUAAAACUGUACUGUGAACUGAACACGAUGUCCACGUGCACAAGCCUCAGAAGUAAGAGUUUAAACUGUGUCUCGGGGGACGAGACCUUCUACACGGUUAGUGUGUUAGUGUGUCUGUAGACGACUGGACCAGGAGUAAUUACUUAUAUUAAUGCCAAUACCUUUGGAAAGUGUGAGACAUUUGUACACAAUGUAGUUAAAAAAUAUUUUGUUAAAAUUAACAGUGUUCAUGUGUGUGUUCUUCUUACAUCAUCUUACAUUCCUGUAAGUUCAACAUAUUAUAGUGUUUAUUGCAUCUGAUUUAUUUUAAAGUCUUAUUAAAAAAUGUUUUUCAUAAA